AUGGCGACCGAUAACGAUCGUGGCUCACCCUUUGCACCGCUCAUGGCUGAGCUGGCGCGCAUGAGGAACAAGACCCUUAAGACGGCUAUCUGUGAUGUAGACAAUGUCAUAGAUCUUCUCACCAAAGCUCGUGACCAGAUAGCACAGGACCCAGAUAGAGCUACCAUGGUCAUGACCACACUCCAAAAUCCGGUCAAAGCGAGCUUUGAACGUAUUACAACGGACCUGAAGGAUGUGACAAAGGCACAAAAGGGAUUUGGAAAGGCUCUUGAUAAGGCUCUACCUCACCGAGAACUACCUAUGGAGACGGACGCAAUGGCCGAUCACCCGGGGCUUAUUAACAGGGCGAUAGCCAUGCAUCUAUUACGAGAGGGACAAUUCUCCGUUGCAUCGACUUUCCUGAAGGAGGCUACUGACCACCCUCCGCAUCGCGAAAUCCACUCGGUUCCGCGUACAGACGAAGAUGGCGACGACGAUAUGGAUGACGGUGAUGAUGAAGAGGAUACGGAUGACGAAUUGGAAGGUCUACAUUCUGAGGACCUCCAGAGGAAGUUUUCCGAAAUGUACUACAUUCUAUCAGCAGUCAAAACGCACGACCUUAUACCCGCUAUCAAUUGGGCCAACAUGAACAGCACCCAAUUGGAGGCAAAGGGCAGCACUCUUGAGUUUGAGCUCAUUAAGCUUCAGUACGUUUGGCUGUUCAAGGGUCCAUCAGUCAACGGUCUGCCCGAUGACCCUGCUAGAAACGGACUCGGAGGCGCCUUGAAUUAUGCUCGUCAGCACUUCACCCGCUUCCAAGGCCGUCAUCUCCCAGAGAUCCAACAGCUUUGCUGCGCGAUGGCGUACGCGUCUAACCUCGCUGGCUCCCCAUACAAGCACAUAUUUGAGACUGAUUCAGCCUUUGAAGACGUGGCCAUGUCAUUCACACGCGAGUUCUGCUCCCUCCUUGGUCUGUCAGCUGAGUCACCUCUCUAUGUUGCCGUCACAGCAGGUUCGAUUGCCCUGCCGCGCCUUAUUAAAUACACUACAUAUAUGAAGGAGAAGAAGACGGAAUGGACAACAGAGAACGAGUUGGCCUUUGAGACGCCACUGCCCGAGUCCAUGAUCUAUCACCCCAUUUUCGUUUGUCCCGUCAGUAAAGAACAGACGACACAGGACAAUCCGCCAAUGAUGUUGGGCUGCGGGCACGUCAUUUGCCGCGAAUCUCUACAAAAUAUCAUCAAGGCAGCACGGUAUAAAUGCCCGUACUGCCCGACAGAAGGCCACCCCAAGGAUGCCACUAAAAUCAGGUUAUGA